AUGAAGUGUGUAACAACUCACCUGCCGAAUGAACUGACACUUAUCUAUGUCUGUCAGAAAUGUUAUACACAAUCAUCAAAUUUAUGUCGUCAUAAACGUGUUCAUAGUCGAGAAAUUAAAUGUGGUAUUUGUCAUGAAAUAUUUGUCAAUGGUCAAUUUUUUAUCCGUCAUAAAAAGUCUUGCAUUGAAACACAUAGUUCUCAUUCUCCAUUAUCAAAGCGAUUGCAAAAAAAUUCAUCAGUUUGUUCAAUGAAAGCCAUCGGUGCUGCGGCUACUCAAACAUAUAAUAAUCUUGUUAAAAACUCUAAAAAUGGAUUUGAUUUUAAUAUGUUGAUGAAAGAGUCUGGUCAAUCACGAAUUAAUAUUUUAAACUUAAAUACAUUAACCUAUUUACAAACACAAUCUUUACCAUUGUGGUUAUUAAAUUUAUCACAAAUGAAAUUGGGUAAAACAAUUCAGAAUGAAAUUGAAAAUUCAUCGUGUGAAGUUGAUAAAAAUAACAACAAUUGUGAACCACUUGAUCUAAGUCUACCAAAAACAGAAUACAAUCAGAAGGAACAUUAUGACUUUGUCAAUUCAAAUAUUAAAGAGGAAUUAAUUGAACAAGAUGAUAGUGAAAGUGAGAGAGAAUCUGUAGAUGAUGAAGAAGAAAAUGAAAACUCAGAAGAAGAACAAACAGAAAUUAAGUUCAAUGAAAAUGAGCGAGAACAACAUUAUCAUAGUGCAAAUGGAUUGAAUCGAUGUAAUUUUUGUGGUAAACAAUUUCCACGUUCAGCUAAUUUAACCCGUCAUACACGUACACACACCGGCGAAAAGCCUUAUCAAUGCCUCUUAUGUCGACGAGCAUUUAGUAUAUCAUCUAAUCUUCAAAGACAUAUAAGAAGUAUUCAUCGAAAAGAGCGUCCAUAUCAGUGUAUUGAAUGUGGAAAAAAAUUUGGCCAACAAACAAAUCUCGAUAGACAUAUGAAAAAGCAUAUUAUUUCUAAUUGUCAAAAUCAAAUGAUAGAUCACCGUGAUUUUUAA